AACGAAACAGAGAACAGUCACUGUCCAUCCUUCUGGUUUGCCUCUUAAACGAAUUACAAAAUUAAAACAAAAUCCAUUUCAAAUUUUGAAUUUCUGUAUCGAUGAACCAGAGAAAGCUUCUUCUUCACCAAAGAGUCGAGGUUCGACAAUUUGAGGAAGGGUUAAGGGGCUCAUGGCAUCCUGGUGUGGUUGUUGGGGUUUCAGACUUAUGCCGUAUGGUUGAAUAUGAUGAACUCCUAUGUGAAACUGGUGACUAGAAGCUCAUUGAGUCAAUUCCAGUCACUGAGGCAAUUGAUGGCCUCCAUCGCCGCCGCCAUGUUUCCUCCACCUAUCGUGGACGUAUUCGACCUCCACCUCCCUUGACACAAGUUGAUUCUAGUGAGAAAUUUGGUUUUGGAGUUUGUGUUGAUGCUUGGUUUGAGGAUGCAUGGUGGGAAGGUGUUAUUUUUGAUUGUGAUCAUGAUGCAAAUGAACGUUGUGUGUUUUUUCCUGAUGAGGUUGAAGAAUGCAAAUUCAGUGUGAGUCAGUUGCGUGUAGCUCGUGAAUGGGAUGAGUUCUUGGGGGUUUGGAAGGACCGGGGUGUGUGGAUACUAGUGCAGUUGGCUAGGGAUCUUGAAGGAGAUGUUCCAUUGUCUAAGUUUGUAAAGAAGAUUUGGUCUGCCUUGCGGUUAAAUUAUGGAUUUAUGAAGAUGAUUUCAGAGUGGCCGUGCGGUGUUCGCUCUGUGUGGAAUAGAUACUUCAUGGAUGUUGUUUAUGAAAUUGCAAUUAAAUUGAGUCGGCGAGAUCUAGGUUAUCGCAAAAUCUUGUCAUACUUGGUGGGAAAGAAGGGAAAUAAAUCAAAGGAUUCCCAACAUGCUAGUUCAAAUUCUUUUCUAUGUGAUUCUCUAAUUCAAGCAAGAAAUCGCAAAGCUAUGUCAUAUAAAGUCAGAAAGAAAGGAAAUAAAUCGAAAGGAAAUAAAUCAAAGGAUUCUCAGCAUGCUGUGUUAAAUUCUCAUCUAUGUGAUUCUCUGGUUAAGGUAAGAAAUCACAAUGAAUUCAAGGUUACCAGAGCAAGUCAAAAAGGAGGAGAAGAUUCUCAUGGUAAAUGCAAUAAAAAGCAGCAGUCACCAAGUUCCAAAUCGGAAGAUAAGAAACAGUCCAUAACAAAUACAACUGAUCAGAAUGGUUUUGAGGCUAAUAAUCUGUGUAGGGAAAAGGAUAUGACAACUGGUCCUUCAUUCAUAGAGAAUACUACUGUUGGCAAAGGUGUCUAUGAUAGAAGUUCCAAUUCUGGUUCAUGUUUACACCACGUAGUAAAUUGUGUUUCUUUUCCUACACAAAAGAAGCCUGAUCAGGUAGAAUCCAAUAUAGAGAAGCUAAAUUCUGCUGGAGCGUGUGAAGGUGACCAUAAUAAGUUGCUCUCAGAUAGUUCAAGAGAGGAGAAAACUGCUCAGUGUUUGCAUCACAUUCAAAAAUAUCAAUCAGUUAAAAGACGAAGAACUUUGAGAAAGAGAAGUUUUAACAAUAAACUUGUUAUGGUUUUUACUGAUUGUUUGGAGAAGCAGAAGGACAAGAAGGCAUCUUUUUUUGUUGUUCAUAAGAGAAGGAACUGCUCAAUAAUGAAAAAGAGGGAGUUGAAGAAGUCUCAACAAGUCAAUUCAAAACUAAAGUUAACACCUAAGGUUCAAGAGCAAGGGCUGAAUGCUGUUCGGACAAGGAAUUCUUUAUUUUCUAAUUCCUCUCGCCCAACUAUGCCAUUUGAGAAAUAUGGUAAAAAUUUUAGGCUUAAAGAUAUGGUGUCUAAUUCUAGAAAGCGUAAGAUGAAGCGAGGAUAUUGUAGUGGUCAACUAAGGGACACAAUCUGUAGUGUUUGCCACCAUUGGGGAGACCUUAUCCUUUGUGAUCACUGCCCUUCUUCGUAUCAUUUGAGUUGCCUUGACCUCAAGGAUUGUCCAGGCAGAAAUUGGUUUUGUCCAGCUUGUCGCUGUGGAUUAUGUGGAUUGCGCGAUUCCAAUGAAGAUAAUCAACAGUUCACUAAUAUGUGCUUUCAGUGCACCCGUAGAUAUCAUGUGACUUGCCUGAUUAAAGCUGGAAGCCUAUCUCCUACAAAUUACCCUUCAGACAGUUUUUGCACUGAGGCUUGUUUUAAGUUAUGUGCCCAACUUCAUCGACUUUUAGGAAUCUCAAAUCCCACUGCUGUGGAUGGCUUGACUUGGACCUUGAUGAGAUCAAUGAGAAGUGCUUGCAACCCAUUUGGUAUAUCAAGGAUUGAUUCUUGCAUUAAGUUGUCAAGUAUUCUCCAGGUUAUUCAUGACUGUUUUGAGCCUGUCAAGGAGCCUCAUACCAAUAGGGAUAUUGUUCGAGAUGUCAUUUUCAAUUCCAUGUCAAAACUCAAAAGAUUGGAUUUUCGUGGAUUUUAUGCCAUGGUUCUGCACAAAGGUGAUGAAAUUGUAUCUGUGGCCACAGUAAGGAUCCACGGAUUCAAGGUUGCAGAGAUGCCUCUAGUUGCUACUCCUUUUCAGUAUCGGCGGCAGGGAAUGUGUCGGCUGCUUUUGCAUGAGCUGGAAAAGCUUCUUAUUCAAUUAGGUGUAGAGAGAUUAGUCUUGCCGUCUAUACUGCAGCUGCAGAAGACGUGGGAAGACUCCUUUGGCUUUUCAGAAUUGCUUCAUUCUCAAAGAAGGGAACUUUUUGGCUAUCCAUUUUUGGCCUUUCCAGGGACCAAGAUGUUGCAGAAAUUCCUUAGCAAUUCUAGUACUACCCAGGACAUAAACGGUCUCAUGGGAACAUCCCGAGAUUUCGACAGAAAUACAUCUGUUGUAUCGAAGCAGAAGGAUAAACCGGAUAGUAGAAGCAGGUACUCCGGCUUAUGUUACAAGCGCAAGUCCAAAAGGAUUACUGGAAAAGAAAACAUGAUGAAUAGCUGCAAUUUGAGUGCACAACGGUAUGGGUACAUAUACAAGCGUCGAAGAAUUCUGGGUUGCUGAGACGGAAGUAGCGAUAGCUAGAUACUGUUAGUUAC